GUGCCAGAGAAGUGCAGGAGAGGAUCAGACCGCGCAAGAAAGUAAGCCCGAUCUCAGUUCGAACGGUUCACCGCGAUCGGCUCACUCCGUCUUUGGUUUUACCGGUUCGCUGCGCGCUACUCGAUCGCACACGAAGAUCCUUCCGGUACUUUGUUGACCGACCAACGACGUCUCCGUGGAUAUGCCGCUCCGCUUCCGGCGCUUCUGCCCGCUGCCUCUUCCAACGUACGGAAGUCCUUUGACACCCCUGAUGCACGUAGCUGGAGGCUCGAGUUACGCUGUAAAAUCAUGCGUUGACUUGGCGUUACCGACUAUUUUAAAACAAUGGUGGCUUUGGUGGUUACUUUUACCAGGAUGUUUCGCAUCUUGGACCAAGUACAUCGAAGAGUACGACACUAUCAGAGUUGCUAGAUGCGAUGUUCGUUGCGGUGGCAAUUAUCCUGAUGAAUGUAUGGAAAAUUGCUUGGCAUCCAAUUACACAAAACCUGGUCACUGUCCUGAUAAAGCAUCCAUGUCACCCUUUGAAGCUGUUUGUUUGAUAGCUUGCGUCGAUGACUCUCGUUGCCCAGAUUUAGCAAAAUGUUGCAGACAUGAUUGCGGUGUCACAUGCAUGCAUCCCAUCGGUUUAGACAAUGUAACUGAUUUACCCGUGAUACCCAGGAAUGUCCAAAUCAGGCAACAAAAGAACAACUUAGUUUUUUUGACUUGGUAUAAUUCUAAGGCACAGCGUAUCGAUGAGUCUACCGGAAUCAAAGGUGUGAGGUAUUUGGUGGAGGAACGACAUUUACUUGGACCAAGGUACCUGGAAUCUAGAUCAAGUCCAUGGAUUGUUCGUCACGUUUCAUCGAAGUCACACGCAACGAUUCGAGAACGAUUAAAGACAGGACACUGGUAUCAAUUUCGUGUAGCAGCCAUCAAUGCAAAUGGAUCCCGAGGAUACUCGGAGCCUUCCAAACCUUUUAAAACAAAAGACCCACGGAAUCCAAAAGAACCACAAAACUUGACUCUAUCCGAUGCGCGACUGGUAGAUGGAAAACUGCGUAUUACUCUAAGAUGGAGUAAACCAGCUUCGGAUGUGCCGAUAACAUUUUACAAAGUGUUUUGGAGCCGCCUUGUUCACGGACCGACUAAUGAUUCCAUUCUCGUUUAUCAUAGAACAGUUCUGAAAGACAAAACGUGUUACGAACUGAAAAAUUUGGAACUGAGGUGUCAGUACUUCCUUCAAGUGCAAGCUGUUGCACUGUACGGUGGCCGGCGAUUGUUGUCGCGAAAAGCCUCGAAAGUUUUCAAUAGCACCGAUUACAUGGCAUACGCCGAUUUGGGGAGGCGAUCUCACAGAUGCGAGCGAUACCACGGCGAUCUUCAUCUACGGCGAAUGACUUGUCACUGCGGCGAGGUCAAGGUACGUUUGGUUUGGCCGAUGAACCACGAUGUAAAGGCGUACAACGUCUCCUGGAGAGAGGCAUCCUGCUCAGCUUCGCAGGAAAAACUCAUAUCCCGUCGGAAGAAAACCUGGUGGAAACUUGUUCAGACACCGCAUCUUGAAAUAAAACAUCUUCAAAGUGAAUGCACAUACAACGUAAACGUACGAAAUGUAUUCAAUAAUAUAAAUAAUGAUGACAAUGGUGCCAGUAUAGAAUUCGUUACCACUGGUUGUUCGAACGAGUCAGAAGAACAAAAAGACGGCAAGCUCUUACAUAAUAAAAUAAUCCAAUGUAAAACCAAGUCGUCAAAGAGAAAACGACAUUACGCUACUUAUCUUUAGCAAAGUAGCUCCUUGCCAUAAGUAGAUAUAUAUGAUCACUAUUUUUCGAAAUUACGUAUUCAAAUAUACAAAUAAACUUAAUUAGUUCCUUAAAUGCUUAUGCUACGUACUCUUAAUUAACCAUAAAGAGGAUAACAAAUAAAAUUUUAAUUUUAUAAUCUUUAUAUUCUCCGAAAGAAGUAUACGUCAUAAAACGAUUGUGACAGAAUAUUAUCAUUAAUGGUGAAAGAUUAGCCAGUUACCUACGUUGUUAAUAUGUCUAAAUGCUACUCUAGCUGGUUUUUUGUUAAACAUAAAAUCAUUUACAAAGAUAUACAUUAUGUACACAUGUCGUUUAUCACAUCACUAAUUAUAUACAACGCGGUUGUAUUAUUCAUUCUCAUAUGCUCUACACAUAUAAUGACUUGCUUCACUGUCGCGUACAUUUGAUUUAUUGUUAUAUGUCACUGAAUCUUACUCGUGUACACGUCGAACGCUUACGAUAUAACUUUGUUACGAAUAUACUACGUGCAUUAUACGAAACAUUUUGAAAUUUUGUCAGCACUAUAA